CUGUGCGCUCUGGACGCACGCGCUGACAAAACCUCAGAUGCGUAUAGGAGGAGCUGACGAGCAAACUCAAACUUCCCUGUCAAGUCUGUGGGUGUGAUGAGGACGUGAAGGUGCAAGCCUGGAAUCGAAAACUAAAACUAAAGUGGCUUUCGCUCGUGGAUUUGUGUUUUUUCCGUGGUAACAAAUGGAGGUAUGACCCGGUGCGUAAAAGUGGACCCUUGGUGGACACCAUGGAUUCUUUAUUCCACAAAGGAGACGGCGCGUUGAUGGAAAGUGUCUGUCCUUUGGAACUGAGGAGACGAUGUUUGCUGUGAACGACUCUCUCGCAGCUAUGAACUCCACAAGCCCGCCGACUUCUCGUUCGCUCACCACCCCGGCGAUCAUGUUUAUCUUCGGGGUGCUUGGGAAUGUCAUCGCCAUAGUGGUUCUGCGCCUGUCGCGGAAGGAGCAGAAGGAAACGACCUUUUACACUCUCGUGUGCGGGCUGGCGGUGACAGACCUCCUGGGCACGCUGCUGGUCAGCCCCGUCACCCUCGCCACCUACGUGAAAGGCGAAUGGCAGGGAGGAGACCCCCUGUGCCAGUACUCCGGCUUCGUCCUGCUCUACUUCUUCUUGGUGCAACUUAGCAUCGUGUUCACCAUGUCGGUGGAGAGGUUCCUGGCAAUAAACCAUGCCUACUUUUACAACGAGUUCGUGAACCAGAGACUUGCUGCGCUGACGCUGCUCGCCGUGUACGUGUCGAGCCUCGUGUUCUGCGCGCUGCCCAUCGCGGGGAUCGGACAGGUGAAGCUUCAGGAGCCGAAGACCUGGUGCUUCAUCCACUGGAAGAGCAACGACACCACGGUGAGGACGUUCAACCUGAUCUACGCGGGGCUGAACUCGGUGAUCGUGCUGGCCACGGUCUUCUGCAACGUGAUGGUGUGCGGCGCGCUGAUCCUGAUGCACAGGCGCUUCAUCCGCCGCACCUCCUUGGGCACGGACCCGCGGCGCGUGGUGGAGCUCCGGCGCCGGCGGAGCUUCAGGCGGUUGGCCGGAGCGGAGAUCCAGAUGGUGGUGGUGCUCAUCGGAACCUCCGCCGUGGUUCUCAUCUGCUCGAUACCUUUAGUUCUGAGGAUCUUCGAAAACCAGCUGUUCGCCAACCAAACGCAGCAGACGUCCGGGUUGAACAGGGACCUGAUAGCCAUCCGCAUGGCCUCCGUCAACCCCAUCCUGGACCCCUGGUUCUACAUCCUCCUGAAAAAGACGGUGGUUCUCAAAGUCCUGGAAAAGAUCAAGUGUCUGUUCUGUAAGAUGGGCGGGCGGGGGCGGCGGGGGGGACACUUCCGUUGUGCCGACGGCGCCCUCACCUCCUCCAUCGUCUCGAGGGAUUCCCCGUCGCUGGUUUCCCGCGAGCUGGGGGAAAAAGUCAGCACCCUACGGACUGUCCUGUACCCGGGUGACGGGAACGCGCUGCGGCUGGCCUCGCUUCGGGCCGGGUCGGACGACUCCUGUCCGGCGGCCUCGCCGACGUUGCUGGGCGCGCAGGAGGCGGCGCGGCCUCAGACGGGGCUUCCUCAGAGGGAACUAGAGGACGACGUGGCGCCUACGACGCCCAGCCACCGUCCAGUCGGCCCCAAAGACACGGCGCUGCACGUGAGCCUCACGGAGGAGACGGCAAACGUGCAGGAAAAAUGCAUUUAACCCUCAGCUCCACCUCAGCGUCUUCAGCGCAUCGUCAGCGUAUCACUCCUCAGCAACGCAGUCCCCACGGUUUAUUCCAAUCACAGCAGUCGUAACCCAAAACGUCCACGGACGUCAUUCACAGAGGAGCUCUUCCGUUGCACUUUUUUUAAGACUUCUGAACCACUUGCUUGGCCGCCAGGAAUGACAAUCAGUGAUUGUAAAAGGAUCAAUGUUGAAAAUGUGAACAGCGUGUUAAAUUAUUUAAAGUAUGAGCAUGUACGUUAAGGUCUUCUCCGUGAGAAGGUGUAUCUACUUCUGUGCCAUUUUACAUUUCCAAAAAAGAUAAAUACGCUUAUAGUGUGUUUGUGUUUUGUUUCACUUUUACGUCUGGAUGUUCGCAAACAGUUUGGCUGUAUUAGCUAUAAUCAAAUCCCCGAUAGAAUGAAAUGUAUCAUAGUAUUGUGUUUUUCUACAGCGCGUACACUAGAAGACGACGAAAACACCUUUUAAUGUGAGUUUCCCUCUGUAAAGUUGAUGAUUUACAUAUUUUGCCCCAGUACUUUUAAAGAGUCCCAGUUAAUAGUUUUGGCUUAACGUAAAGCGCAGUACCUCCCGUGUAGUUUGACUUCCGGGAGGGAUGUAAAGUAAAGAGAUUAAUACAGAAGACGUCAAUUGCUCCGUAUUGUUUGUUUUUGAACACUAUUCUCUUUGUGCUGCUAAAAAACAUCCCUUCCAUAUAGGCUCACGGGAUCCUGUUUUUCACUGAACAAACCCCAUGCUGUGCAGAACUCUUAAACGGAAAAUAAAAAAUGUAUUCUUCA